UCCAGGCCGAGGGGUUGCCAUCCAGCUGAAGGGUUGGCAUCCAGGUUGCGGGUGAGUGGAUGUCCGCUGUCAUGCCUGCUGAGGAAGAGGAGGACGAGCAGCCAAUGUGGCAGUCGGUGGCACUGUUCUGCUGCAAGGGCAUAAUCGAGGGCAUCAUCGUGGUGCUCUUCCUCUGGCUCCUUGUACAGGUGCUCUUUACCAAAGAGCUGGAAGUUCACCUGCAGGUUCUCCUGGGGGCGGGGCUUGCUGUGUUCUGCCUCUCCCUGCUGCUGGGCUGUUUCCUGUGCUUAUGGCAGAUGAGGUCACUUCCUGCCGAGAACAAAGAAUCUCCAGCUCUCGUCGCCGAUUGCUCAACCACACCCUCCGCUGAUGUCACUUCCUCUUCCCACUCUCCACCCAUGAGGGUUCUGAAUGAGGAGCCGGAGGAGGAGGAGGAGGAGGAGGCGGGGCUUGAUUACCCCUCUGCAUUUGGAAGCUCCACCCCUUCUGAUGAUGACUUCUACAUGUUGCCGUUAGCGACGCGGUCCCGAACAGACGCCCCCAAGUCGUACUUCCCCCUGCGCCGCCUCAGCUCCCCGACCCUGUCGGCCCCUCUGUACCGGCCCAUGGACUGCCCUCGCGGCUCGUUGCCCUGCCUGCCCCACCUGCCCCGCCUCAGCUUCCUGUCCCGCACGCGGAGGGCUCUGGAGCGCCGCUGCACCGUGGCGGCCGACGCCUACCCCUACACCGAGCACAGCCGCCUCACCGGCCCUGCCACCUCCACCGCCCCCUACCUCCCAGGCUCCGCCCCUACUCUCAGCCACUUCCAGACUCAGUCGUCCCUCCCCAAUUACGGCACCGCCUCCUCUGCAGCCCCCGCCCACAGACCCACCUCUUCCAUAAGCUCCACCCAUAAUGUAUAUAGAUCCACAUCCUCCAUAGAUCCCGCCCCUAGACCCAGUGGAGACGGUGGUAUGAUGGGCGGGGCUAGGGGUGGAGCCUCUGGAGCUGUCUGUAGUCCCGCCCACUCCACAGGCCCCUCCUCCGCUCCGUGCUCCCCGUCACUGCAGUUCUCGCUCUGCUUCUCGGCGGCGCGGCGGACCGUCACGCUCACGUUGCUGGGCCUCAGUGGCGCCGCCUGCAGGCUGGGCACGGUGACUGUGCUGGCCCGGCUGCCCCCGGCGCGGCCACUCCCGGCAGAGGUGAGCGCGCGCCACCGCAGCCUGAGCCCCGAGCUGCACGGGCCCGACCUGGAGCUGGCCGUCUCCUCGCUGGAGGAGCUCCGCACGAGUGUGCUCAGGCUGGACGUCUUCUCCCAGGACCUGCCUGGACAUACACACACACAGACACACACACACACGCACACACUCGCCCCGCUGGGGCAGCUGGAGCUGACCUGCAGCGAACUGGCCUGGGAGCCAGAGAUGGCCCUUACCUGCACGAGACAACUUAGACCCCUCAGAGGCAACACACAGAGAUGGUUUUCCCAUGAUGCCGUUGGGGGAGGGCAGACCCUGCCUCAGCUCUUCAUCCUCAUGCAGUACCAGUCUCUGCCUCACUGCCUCAAAGUCAUGGUCCUAAAGGCAGAGAACCUCUCCACCGGCACAGGAACACAAGACCACCAUGUGGUGGUGAAUCUGCGACACGCAGGAGUGGUGAUGUCUUCUCAAGCUACCCAGGGGGCCGCUGGGCAGACUACUGUCUGGAACUCUACCUUCCUGUUCGACCUGCCACCCGGAGAUGUCACGCAGCUGCCACUGGUCCUGGAGUUCAUUCUCAUCAAGGGUUGCCUAUAUUCAACGAGCAAUAUCGUGGGACGCAUUGUGAUUGGCCAGGAGGCUGAGGAGGCGGGGCAAGCACACUGGAGAGACAUGUGCAACAUGAGCCAAGUGGAAGUUGCCCGAUGGCAUGUCAUCCAAUAAGAAGCGCUAUAGGAUGCAUCUCAUCAAUCAUCCAAUAAGAAACUGAAUGAAACUGUAAGUAGCAGUCCAUAAUGGAGAGUGUUCAGUGGAACCUGGAGCAUCUUCUAAAGAGAACUAAAAUUGUGUUCAGUGGAACCUGGCGCACCUUCUGAAGAGAACUAAAAUUGUGUUCAGUGGAACCUGGAGCACCUUCUGAAGAGAACUAAAAUUGUGUUCAGUGGAACCUGGAGUAUUUUUGGAGGAAACCUAAAAUUGUGUUCAAUUAAACCUAGAGUACCUUCUCAAGA